GUUUUUGGCCCUUGACUUCCGAUCCGGUCUGUUCGCUUUCCCCUACGUUUUCUCCUCGUAGGCAUCGCUUCUCGUCUCCGUAUCGUCGGCGAAACCCUAGCAUUGGGCCUUCUUCGUGACCUAUGAGAUCCACAGAAGAACUAGAAGCGAGGGCCGAGCCUCCGAGCAGGUAAAUUCGACUUUUCGGCGGCACAUCCAAUCGUCAGGAAAUGAAGAAGGCGAAAUCUGCAAAGGCCAAACUUGAGCACCAGAACGGCCAUGCUCUCCCCUUCAAGUUCGCAAAAUUGCUCGAUCCGGAAGCUUCUUGGGACAAGGAUCAAUUGGGAGAUGUUCUGCAUUGGAUUCGGCAAGUGGCGGGUCUGAUGUGUGGAUUGAUAUGGGGCGCAAUCCCCCUUGUUGGUGCAAUAUGGAUUUUGGUAUUUUUGGUGCUAUCGUCAGUUAUUAUCUAUGUAUACUAUGCUCAAAUUCUGAAAAUUGACGAAGAAGAAUUUGGAGGCCACGGGACAUUGCUUCAGGAGGGGCUAUUUGCUUCAUUCUCUCUUUUCUUGCUUGCCUGGAUAGUAGUAUACAGCUUGGCACAUUUUUAGUAGCGUCUGCCCACAUCUCCCAUUCAAGAGUCGAAACCAUCUGCGGCCAACACAUUUUAACCUGUUGUAUUAUCACAGAUUUUGGUCCACAAACAACUUCAUAGCUGCUCUUUUAUUGCUUUCUUUGCAUCUUUUUGUUGUUCUUUUUAUUUGGAUCUUCAAUUUGGAAGGUAGAGGCAAUAAUGCCAACUUUGUAAGCAUAUUUCUGCGGCAUUGCAACUCCCAAACUCUCAAGUUUUUUUUUU